CUAUAAAUAGUCCUUCUGUCAUGAUGAGCAGCAUUGAGCCCCUGGAGGUUCAGACUGGAUGCAAGAGCACAUUACAGGACAGGAGCUUCACCCUUUUCACAGAGAUGAAUCGGUUUCUGUGCCUGCUGGCUGCAGGGCUUUACCUGUUUUCUCUGUCCCAAGUUGAAUCACAUUUGAGCCGGAGUGUCAUUGAAGAAGCUGUCAGGACAGCCAAAGCCAAUGUGGAUGCAGCAUACGAGUACUCCAGGAGGGAGAGCAUUAACCGUGUGAGGAGGCAAUCAGCAAACCCUUCAGACAUCCUGCGCUUGCUGAAGCAGCCUGUUGGCCCAAGCCGUCAAGUUGUGCGCGCUGCUGACUACUUAGACAAUGCUGUCACACUGAUCAAGAGAUCUUUGGCAAAACGUCAGAAACGUUCCAUCAAUGCCACAGAUUUGCUCUCUGAGGAGGAUCUGCAGACCAUUGCUGAACUGACAGGCUGCUCUCCUCGACAUCGUGUUCCUUCUUGCAAGACAACUCCCAAUUUGAACAAGUUUCGCACUGCAAGCAGCGUCUGCAACAACAGAAUGAACACUCGCUGGGGAUCUUCCAACACACCUUUCACCCGCUGGCUCCCUGCUGAGUACCAGGAUAGAAUCUCUGUGGCUAAAGGCUGGGAUGCUGACAGGAAAGUCAACGGUGAAAUUCUUCCGCUGGUGAGGGAGGUGUCCAACCGUAUUCUGCGCACAGCAAACUCUGACGUGGAGAGCGACCCACUCUACACUCACCUGGUGACAAUCUUCGGCCAGUGGACUGAUCACGACCUGACCUUCACUCCUCACUCUCCCGUCAUCCGCUCAUUCAGCAACGGCAUUGACUGCGACAAGACCUGCGAUCGCACUGAGCCCUGCUUCCCCAUUGAUAUUCCAAGCGCUGACCCCCGCUUUGGCAGAAACUCACACGAGUGCAUCCCAUUCUUCCGCUCAGCAGCAGCUUGUGGGUCCGGCAACACAGGCCACCUCUUCGGUGCAGCCAAUGUCCGUCAGCAGAUGAACACCCUCACAGCUUUCAUCGAUGUAGGCCAGGUGUACGGUUCAGACGAUGCCAAAGCUCGCUUCCUUCGGGACCUCUCCACAGAUGAGGGUCUGCUGAAGGUCAACACAGAGUACAAGGACAACGGCCGUGAGCUCCUGCCCUUCACCAACAUGGGUGCCAACAUGUGUGCCACACGAGCUCGCAUUACUAAGGACAAUAAUGCUGAGGAGGUGCCCUGCUUUCUGGCUGGUGACGAGCGCUCCAAUGAGAACAUUGCUCUGACCUCUUUGCACACACUGUUGAUGCGUGAACACAACCGUCUGGCACGAGCUCUGGCCAAACUCAAUCCUCACUGGGAUGGAGAGAGGCUGUACCAGGAGGCGCGCAAGAUCAUGGGAGGAUACUUUCAGGUUCUGACUUUCCGAGACUACUUGAACCACAUUGUGGGUCCAGACUUCAUUGCCAGGCAGCUGUCCACCUACCCUGGCUAUGAUGAAAACGUGGACCCCAGCAUCUCCAAUGUGUUCGCCACAGCUGCCUACCGAUUCGCUCACCUGAUGGUUCAGCCUUUCAUUUUCCGUCUUAACGAGAAGUACGAGGAACAUGAUGAUUUCCCCAGCCCACUGCUGCACAGAGCCUUCUUCACACCAUGGAGAGUCAUCUUUGAAGGUGGUUUGGACCCAAUCCUGAGGGGGCUGGUGGGUCGCAAGGCCAAGCUGAACACGCAGGAACACAUGAUGCAUGAUGAGCUGAGGGAAAGGCUGUUUCAGUUCUCCGCUGAGUUGGCGCUGGAUCUGGCAUCUCUUAACAUGCAGAGAGGCAGAGACCAUGGACUCCCUGGCUACAACCAGUGGAGGAAGUUCUGUGGGCUGUCACAGCCACGAACCCUGGCAGAGCUGGCUGCAGUGAUGAACAACUCUGCUCUGGCCAAGAGAUUUUUGGAUCUCUAUAAAACACCUGACAACAUUGACGUGUGGGUGGCUGGAGUGGCUGAGCCGUUUGUCCGUGGAGGAAGAGUGGGACCUCUGUUUGCCUGUAUGAUUGCCACUCAGUUCCAGAGGAUCCGUCAGGGAGACCGACUUUGGUGGGAGAAUGACGGAGUCUUUACUGAGGCCCAGAGGAGGUCUGUGAGGGAUACAUCACUUGCUCGGAUCAUUUGCGACAACACCGGCAUCACUGAAGUGCCAGAGAAGCCCUUCCAGUAUCGGCCUCGACAGUCCGGUUACACACAGUGCAGUAACAUUCCUGCCUUUGACCUCAGUCCCUGGAAGGAGGAUGCACAAGGUCCAGUGAGUGUUGCAGGACCACCAGGACCCACCGGACCACAAGGUCCACCAGGCCCCCCUGGAUCUUCUGCCCCCACAGUGAAAGUAGCCUUCUCUGUGCGACUGGGAAACAACUUCCCCAGGACCGACCAGCCCAUCGCCUUCCGCGACAUCAUCUACAACGGACAGAACAGCUAUGACAUCAAGACAGGGUAUUUUACCUGUGAUGUUCCAGGUGUGUAUGAGUUCCAGUUCUUCUGCACCAUCACCCAGAGCGACGCCAGUGUGGAUCUGAUGCAUAACGGGAAGCUGGUUCUGCACUCGUUCACCACCAGGCAGAACGGUCACAUCACAGCCAGUGGCAGCGUGUACGUUAGGCUUCAGAAGGGAGACAGGGUUUAUCUGUUGUCCAAACAUGGUGCCAAUGGCCUGACCAGUGACAGCAUCUUUUCAGGGCAUCUGCUGUUCACUGAGUAGGAGACUGUUCUUCAUGCAGCUGCUGACCCAACUCUUCUUCAUGAUAGUUCUAAAAGUCCAUUUUAACAUGUUAUUUAGUCCAUUAUGCACCCCUGAGAAUGAGUGAAGUCACAAAUCUCUACAUAUCAGGAAUUAUAAAUAAGGAAGUUGCCCGACUCUAAAGCAAUUAAAAGCAAAACGUAGUAUCAAAAAUAUGUAUUUUUAUAGUGGAGGCUUGCUGACAGAAAGGCAAAAUGUGUAAACCUCGUGGCAUUAUUUGACUGAUUAAAGGUUUUGUAUUGACUGUAGGAGUAGCUGCACUAGAAAUGAAAAUGGGUACAUAUUUUUCUCUUAAUUUUAAAAUAUUGUAACAACCUUGCACUACCUGAUGAUAUGUGGUAUUGUUUCAUUUGUUUUGAAGUAAUCACUUUAUUGUCUUAUCAAAUUGUCUUUGUCUUCUCUGAGUAUAAUUUUGACAGCCUGUAUCUGGAAAUGAAUGUGAGCCAUAAGAUAAAUAAGCUACAACAGCAAAGGGUUUAUUUUAAACCUUUGCCAGAUUCGUUGGAUCUCACAUUUGUUUGUCCAGUUUUAAAGUGUAAGACUUUGAGUCUCUUUAAAUUUGACAUUAAUAAAUGUUUGUCAUGCAGAUUAAA